CCACGAAGCCUAUAAUAGCACUUUUAUAAGAAAGAAAAUAUACUAAAAGUUCUUUUCAAAACUUUUCUGACGAAUGUUGAAAUCAUCGUCACCCUCUUAUUCAAAAACUUGUUGAAAGGAAACUUUACUCUCCAACUAUCUGCUCAAUCCGCAAAAGUAUCAUUUUGUAAGAAGAGUACCACGUUGAAUUUCACAACGAACAUCCAUAUCGAAGCCAAAUCUCAAUGACUAAGUCAGCCGCGUACUAAAUGUACCUAGCAAAUAUGAUAUAAUGAAACUAUGCACUGGUACUCACCCAAAAAAUAUUGUCGCUGGCUGCAACCAGUUCAACCGGAAUGCAUCGCUGCCGCCACCACUUGUCCCAUAACCAUCGACGUGUGUAUAGUCCAUCACUUGCGCCGUCGUGAGGGUUGUGACGCUGGUCGUAGUUGCUGCACUUGCCACAGCAAGGCGUGUGGAAGCACCAUACGGACCACCACCGCUAACGGUACUUCCGCUUGACGAGCCACAGCCACCCAAAUAUGUUGUCCUACUGACCACAUCUUGUUUGCUGGCCGUCAGCGACGCGGAAGCGCCCGUUAUAGCGCUUGUUUUUGAUGCGGCUGUAUGUAUGACGGCAAUUGCUUUUGUGGCGCGUUGUUGUUGCAACAAUUGUACUUGCAACCUUUGCGGUUGCUGCAACUGUUUGUGCUGAUACGACCACAAAGGCAGUUUCUCUAUGCGACGCACCUCGGCAGACAGACCACUGCAAUGUGUUGCAACUGCGGCGGCGGCAGCGUCAUCAGCAAGUGGCGCAACAUUUCCGGCUGUUGCCGCCGCUUCGCGGUCGCUGUAGCGGGCAACGCUAGUCGCUGUGGCGCUGGCAGUAGUGACUGUAGACGUGUGCAACCUGUUUGUGGCAUGUGGAUUGUGGCCCUGCUGAUAACGCGUUGUGCUGUUGGUUAUUGUGGUUGUUGUUGCUGUUUGUGUUUUAGCUGCCUUUGGGGUUGAGGCUGUGGCGGUUACCUUAGUCGCGCCAAUUGCUGUUUUUGUUGUUGUAGCAUUACGAUUUUUCGCUUGAUUGCAAGCAUUUGCCGAUGAGGCGCAACAACGAUGCGUUUGCGCUGGCUUAUGUUGCUGUUGUUGUUGGUUAUGGUAUUGAUAGCGAUUAUAACGCUGCGGUAUGGACGAUGUAGCUGCCGUUGUGGUUGUUAUUGUUGUUGUGGCCGCAGCUGGUAUUACUUGCACUUUGGCUGCUGGUUUAGACUGUUGUUGCAGUUGUUGCUGCCGCUUCUCGGGUUGCACGUGCGUUGUUUGACGUUGUGCACUGGCCGUUUGUUGUUGGCCAAAUUGAUUACUGUGGUGGGUCCGCAAAGCGCUGUGGAGAUAACCGGUUGUAGCCUGACCGAUACCAGCAACACCACCGCCACUACCCGCAUUACCACCACCACCCGCACCGCCAACCGUUAACGGUGAUGAGGCGGUGGAUGAGUUGGAAGCACUGCGCUGAUGUAAAUGAUGUGUGGGCGGCAGUAGUCUCGACCCUGGUGAUGAGCGCAGGUCAUUGAGCAUAAUAUCCAAGUCUGUUGCCAGCGAGCUGAGCAGCUGCAAGAGAACAGUAGUGUUGAAAAAUAUAAUUGUUGCAAAUUGAGGUACUUAAGCAUAAUAGCAGUAUUAGGCAAGCGAUAAUACUUUGGAAUUAGUGCUUAUAAGUUGCAGUUAGUAGAUUUAUUAAAAACUUCUAGACUAGAUUUUCACUGUAUAUGUCAAGUCUUGAAAAAUUCAGAGUCGAACAAACAACUGGUAUAAAUUUAGAAGUCCGACAUAAAUAGAUAAAUAUGUAAGUAAGGCGGAUGUCUGACGAUAAAUCUAGGCCUUUAGGAGGCCCAUUGUGAAACCAUCAGAACUAACAUCCCCUCACUCUAUUAUGCCCUCUCUCAAUCUCCCUGUUGAAUUCCAUCAAUUCAAAAAGUUCAACUUCCAAAAGACAUCGCCAAGAAACGCUCGACCAAUAGUUGCGAUUAUUAACCUAUACAAAGCCUUGCGUUUGCAUAAAAGAUGAUCCAUAGUCUCUUCUACUACUUGGCAGCUUCUACAGUAAGUGGUGUAUGGUAUCGAUAAUUCUAUUUUGAUCCGUCCGUAUAGAUAUUUAUCUCUGUGUCUUUGUUCACCUCACCCCUAUCCCACUCCUCCCUGGAAGGUAAGGCAAUAUUGGGGACCGAAUUUAAGUUUAAUUAUAAAGAAAAAAGGAGAAUAAGAGCUAAAAAAAAGGUUAUACCAUUCUCCAGGGUUUAUCGAAUUGAACCCCCAACUGGUAAUAGGCAAAUGGGUGAUACAAACUGAGAAAAGAUAGAACAGGAAACUAUACUACAUUUUCCACGGUUUGAUGCAUCAAACAGCCAUGGUCAUAAAUUUAAUAGAAUAUCACAACCAAUAUGAGAUUGAAUAGAAAGCGGAUUCAUCUCUUUAAAAUGGAUGUUCCUUGCUCUACAUGGGCGAAUCAUACCAACAACUGGUAUAAGUCAAAUAAACUAACAUAAUGAAAAUAAGAUAGCAUAGCAACUGAUUAUGCCACUUUAAAGACUAAUCCGUAAGGUCUAUUGUAUCGAAUUUAGGUUGAUGACUUUGUUGUUGCCUACAUAAGUUGAGACAAGAGAGCGGUGCAUAACGAACAGGCAAGAGACGAAUAGAACGCGAAAUUAUAAAAAUUAUUGUAAUAUAUCGAUUUUAUUAUCAUUUGUUUUUUGAACGAUUUUUAUGAAACUUUUUUCAAACUCAGAAAAACAACUAACUAAUUUGGCUUUGGAUAUCUGAAGUUUAAGGAACAAAGGGAUAGGCUAAGUCUCUCUUCUUCUAUAUUUCUUAAGAGAUUACUCUUUCAAAUCAUAGUCAUAUGAGUAUUGACUUUUAUUUUUAAAACCUAAGUUUCUAUAUAUGGAUGCAUUAAAACUAAUACUACAUAGUUAAAAAUUAGUUAUCGCUUGAAAUUUUUGAGAAUUUAUGCAUUAUUUUAUAAAUUUUCUUCGGCGGGCUGAAGUCUCUACCUUGGAUCGGAAAAUCUAUAGACAAGAAAAUUCAGUUACAGGGUCUGUAACGAGCUUUUAUUAAGUCAGGUUUUGAUCACAAUAGAGUUUUGUCCUAUUUAGGAAUUAAAAAUGGAAGCUCAAUAACAUUUGAUUACUUUUUUCCAUAUAUUACAUAAUCAUGAAGAUAUGAUGGUGUCUGCCGAGGUACCUAUAAUUUUUUUAAUGUACUGGAUAACCUACGAUAAAAUCAAAAAAGUAUCCAUAAGUCAUCAAAUACAGAGAUAAUUAUUUUUUAAACCUUGUGAAUCUUUACUCGCACCCUCGCCCUCUACUCUCUCUAUCGAACACGAUUUGCUUAUUUAGUAUUUUGUAAGCCAAAAAAUCGUAGGUGUUAGUUAUUUCAUCGUAGAACUAUGGUUUCAAGGAAAAGCUUGAUGUUGAGAGCCAUAUUUCAUAACUAUGAUUUUGAUGAGCUUAAGGGCUACCAAAAUAUAUAUAAUAAUAUUAUAUGAAUAUAAUAUAUAGUUUCUUCUUUUCUUUCUUCUAGCUUUUAUGCGGCUUACUCUGAAUGUUCGAGUACCACUUCGACCAACCUUGUGUUUUAACUAUUUUUAUCUAGAAUUCUAACUGUUAUACUUUUUCAAAAACUUCAUCACGGCAGGUCUUUUUGCUACUUUUUUGCAGACCUCUGGCACAUACACACACACACAUAUCUCCAUUGUCUUAUCAUCAAAACAUAUGUGGAACCUCGUCGAUUGCACUCAAUAUAAUUGACAAGUACUGAAAUAGUACAUAGUAAAUAACAAGUUCACAGUUAUCAGCAAACUAAUCAAUCUAACACGAUCUGAAGACAAUUCCAGCUUGGCAGUGAACUCACAGAGAAAGAUGUUAGCAGUUGGAAAGCGCGCGUCGCGUGGUUCAAUACCGUCUUACUUUUCGAGCGAAUGGUUGUAAACUUUUUUUUAUACAUAUAUCAUCUGUCGGGGUCAGAACCCAGAGUUGCAUUACAAGAUGGUGAAAAUGCGGCGGCGUCAAGUGAAGCGAAUGGUGAACAAGCUGAUCUACUUCAUAGUCUCCAUAGCAUUGCUCUCCUUCUUCACCACAACACUGGUAGAACGCCGAUUACGCAAUGUUGACGAGCAGACCACGGUAGCGACAGAUUUCAAUGGCGAUCCCGUCACGCCAGAAGUACCACGUGUGCGCAUACGCACACACCGCCCGCCUAAGCCACCGGUAAAACAACGCAUGGCGGCGCCACCACAAGCGGUGGUUGAUGCAAGAGCUCCAAAGAGCGAUAAAGCUGAGAAAGUGACAAAAAUUGCGAAAGGACUAUUUACAGUACCCGAAGCAGUGGGUGAGAAAAAAGAUUGGGAGGAUUUGGAGCUGAUGGAACGUGAUGCGAAGCGCAAGGGUUUGGGGGAACAUGGUGAAGCAGCUUAUGUAAAAGACGAAAGUCUGAAAGAGCUAGAGAAGGAAAUGUCGCUGGACAAUGGCUUCAACGCCUUGCUCUCGGACCUCAUAUCAGUCAAUAGAUCGGUGCCGGAUGUCAGGCAUGAAGACUGUCGUCACAUACCCUACCUAGCGAAGUUGCCCUCGACCAGUGUGGUCAUACCAUUCUAUAACGAACACAUCACGGUGUUACAGCGCACACUGCACAGUAUCGUCAACCGCACACCCCGCGAAUUGUUGAAAGAAAUCAUCAUCGUUGACGACAACAGCGAUCGUGAGUAUCUAAAAGGAGAACUAGAAGAGUUUCUGUUGGAGCACUUUGGCAAUCUGGUUAAAAUCGUACGCCUGUCCGAACGCUCGGGCUUGAUAACCGCACGCUUAGCGGGUGCACACGCAGCUACUGGCGAUGUUAUAGUGUUCUUCGACUCGCACAUUGAGUGCAAUUACAAUUGGCUACCGCCACUGAUUGAACCGAUCGCGGUAAACUACAAAAUAUCAACUUGUCCCAUUGUGGACGUUAUCCAUCAUAGUGACUUCAAAUAUGAUGGCGCACAACAGCAGGGUUCACGUGGUGCUUUCGAUUGGAAAUUUGGCUACAAACAAAUGUCACUACUGCCGGAACAAGAGCUGAACAAAACAGCGCCUACGCCAAAUCCUAUUAUGAUGGGUGGACUUUUCGCGAUUAGUCGACAAUUCUUCUGGGAGUUAGGUGGUUAUGAUGAGGGCUUGGAUAUCUGGGGCGCGGAACAGUAUGAGCUUAGCUUGAAAAUUUGGAUGUGUGGUGGCAUGCUUUUCGAUGUGCCGUGUUCGCGUGUGGCGCACAUCUUUCGUGGACCGAUGGCGCAACGACCGAGUCCGCGCAAACACAACUUCUUUGCGAAGAAUUGCAAACGCGUUGCCGAGGUUUGGCUGGACGAGUACAAGGAGUAUAUCUACAUGCGGAACGCAGAGGAGUAUGCAUCCGUCGAUGCUGGCGAUUUGACGGCGCAACGCGCUGUGCGUGAACGCCUCAACUGCAAGUCCUUUAAGUGGUUUUUAGAAGAGGUAGCGCCUGACAUGUUAGUGAAGUAUCCACCCAUCAACCCUCCAACUUAUGCCUCGGGCGUUGUGCAAAGCGGCGCCUAUCCACACUUCUGCCUCGAUACCAUGAAUAGAGGUAACGAAGAAGCUGUGGGUCUCUUCUACUGCGCUAAGAAUAAAACACAUCCGCACAACAAUCAAUACUGGGAGUUGAGUUUUUCGCGCGAUUUGCGGCAUUACGACGGCGAAAGCUGUUUGGAUGUGCAGUCGAUACAAGAAAAUGCGACAGUUUGGAUGUGGUCAUGCCAUGAACAGGGUGGAAACCAGUUCUUCUUUUAUGAUCGCGAAUAUCAGUGGCUGGUGCAAGGUGAACGCGGACACAUGUGUCUGGAGGCGUUCGUUGAUGGCGAAGAGCAUGCGGUCUAUGCGAAUGUGUGCGACAACUCCAAUCCGCGCAUGAAAUGGAUCUUCGGAGCGGUCAAUGACACCGCUCUAGACGCCUUUCACGAGCAGCUGCCGUACAAUGAAUAAUACUUGAAUUAUAUUUUUAUCUAUGGUAAUAGAUUUAAGUAUCAGCAAUGCUUAGUAAUGUCAUUAGCCAAUAUGCUGCUUAGCGUCUUCCCCGUUGCCACUUCUUUUAUAUGUAUGUAUGUAAUUAGCAAUGUUCUGCGCACGCCUUUAUCAGGUUCAUUUGAAAUAAAGUAUUAUUUUUCGUUUACAUUUUUA